GUCGGACACAAAGAAAAUUACAGUCAGUUUGUUGCUUUAUGCAAAAAAAUAAUAAAUUGUUUAGUGCAAAACCAAUACAAAACAAAAGAAUGUUCCAUAAACAUGGCAACGAAAAUAUUAAAACCAAAAGUGUUUAUAUCAAUCUACCCAAGAAACAUGAUCAACAAAAUCUGAAUAAUAAUGAUGAGCAAGUGGUUGUUUAUUGGUAUCGUAUGCCAAAAUUUAAAUGCAUCUACUUGUUGUAUACAUUAAUAUUGUUGUUGGCCAUAUUUAUAAUGUGCCUAAUGUUUAAUAAUUAUUUGAUGAAAUUGUUGAAAUUUGAGACUAUUUUAAAAUUGGACGGCUCAGUUAAAAGUGGAGCUCCUGAUCAAUGUCAAAUGCAACUGGUGGAAAGUAUACCUAUACAUCUUAAUUAUUCGGAAGAUAGCCCAUCAUUUAUGUCUUCAUAUGAAGCGUGGAAGCUACUCUUGAAUACCAGCGAACAUUCAUUGGACAUUGGUUCGUUUUACUGGACCCUCAGAGCAGUCGAUGUUAUAGACCAUCCCACGGCAGCUGAAGGUGAAGAUAUUUUCCAAAGUUUAAUGGAUGUUGGUUUGAAAGGAAAAGUAAAAAUACGCAUUGCCCAGAGUAUGCCAACGGAGAAGGAACCCGAUCAUGAUACACAGAUUUUACAGGAGAAAGGCGCAGCCGAAAUACGUUCAUUAGAUUUUACCCGUUUAUUGGGAGGAGGUGUUUUACACACAAAAUUUUGGAUUUCGGACAAUAAACACAUUUAUCUGGGCAGUGCAAAUAUGGACUGGAGAUCUUUAACCCAAGUCAAAGAGCUGGGCAUUUUGGCUAUGAACUGUCCCACAUUGGCCAGAGAUCUUAGCAAGAUCUUCGAAGAAUACUGGCUACUAAGUACAAAUGACUCCAUCAUACCCAAGGAAUGGCCUUCGAAAUACACAACAAAUUACAAUUUUCAAAAUCCUAUGAUUUUAAAUGUUAACAAUAAAUAUAAUCAAUUUGCCUUACUCUCAAGUUCCCCACCACCAUUAACCACCAAAGGACGAGUGGAUGAUAUUAAAGCUAUACUGUAUAUAAUAGCCAAUGCCGAACAGUUUGUAAAUAUUGCAGUUAUGGACUACAUACCCAUGAUGAUCUAUACUGAAAAUAAAAAAUACUGGCCAUUAAUAGAUGAUGCCCUUAAAGAAGCUGCCGUCAAUAGAAAAAUUAAAAUAAAAAUGCUGAUUUCCUGGUGGCGUUACUCAAAUCCUUCUGAGGAUUACUUUUUGAGAUCAUUGCAAGAUAUUUCAAAUUCAAUGCCAGGAGUUGAUAUACAAAUCAAACGUUUCAUAGUGCCCACCAAUGUAGAUGACUUGAUGAUUCCUUAUGCCCGAGUGAAUCACAACAAAUAUAUGGUAACAGAUAAUACAGCCUAUAUUGGAACGUCAAACUGGUCGGGUGAUUAUUUUACCGAUACCGCUGGUGUAGCAUUAGUUUUGCCUGAUACAGAAGAAGUAGCCAGGAAUCGUAAUGGGACAUAUACAAUACGCACGGAUUUAUUAAGUGUUUUUGAAAGGGACUGGAAUAGUCCCUACUCUACGAACUUAACGCUUUUUUAGUAAAUUUGAUUUUUAAUUUUUUGUUGUAAUUUUUAAAAGAAAUUUUGUAUUAUUGUACUUUAUUAAAAUCAGAAAAUGAAAUAGAUAUGUAUGUAUUAUGAAAUAUGAGAAAUAAAUUUGUUAUUUUUAGCUUUUUGUAAAAAUUAUUUUUUACAAGCUUUUAUUUAA